CAACACCUGGCAAAUAGGCACUUAAAUUCCACCGUUGUUAUUAUUAUUACAUCUUCUGACACCUCAACAUGGCUGCUACCAGUGUUGGGUUUGGCCUCCUGACUGCACCACCCAGAAAACAGGUUUUCUGAAUCUCUGACGAGAGAUUCCUGGACCUGGAUGGGAGCUCAGCCUCUGUUUCCACUCAUGUGUACUGUGCAGAGACAUACUUCCACGCUCUCCUACCCCAAAUGUGGCAAUUUUUGCUUAGACUGCAGACUCAAGAGAUUAGCCAAACCCCAACGAUGUGGAGAGCGCCUCUUGGAGAAAGAACACACACCCAGUGCUGACUCACCCUUAGACACCCCAGUGGGAAGUGCUAAUUCAGUGGCAGAGACAAAAAAAAACCCAAAAGUCAAAACCACACAGAACACCAGAGACUGAAAUUCAGCAAACUUAUGGGAACUCACACUAUGCAAAACAACAGACCACAAGUCUCCUGUCUCUGGAGAGUGAAAAAGCACACCUCACCUCUAGCGGAAGAGAGGUGUCACUAUUUCUCUCUCACCCUCUACCUGCCAGAGAGACAGAGGAGGACACUCGUCCAUCCAAACACGAUACCCUAUAACUAAGACACACCCACGAUAGUAGGUGGAGACUUUGGCUCCACAAUUCCAGGCUCCGGAUGACUUUGGCUGACACCCAUUCAAUCCACAAGCAUUUCCUCCAGCUGUUGCUUGCCUGAGCCAGGACCCGUGGAAUCAGAGGUGCUUGGAGAAAUGGCCCAGGUGAAUGCCCUUUGCCAUCAGACAAAUUUGCCUCAAGUGGAAGCAGAUCAAAUCCAACAGCUUGUGAGGUCUUGCCAGGCAGCCAAGAAAUUUGCCUACUGUCCCUACAGCAAUUUCCCAGUUGGAGCAGCCUUGCUGACCACAGACGGCAAGAUUUUCUCCGGGUGCAACGUAGAAAAUGCCAGCUUCCCUCUGGGCAUCUGUGCAGAACGCACUGCCAUCCAGAAGGCCAUAUCAGAAGGGUACAAGGAGUUCAAGGCCAUGGCUGUUGCCAGUAACAAGCAAGAUGAUUUUGUGGCACCAUGUGGAGCCUGCAGGCAAGUCAUGAGAGAGUUUGGGAAAGACUGGGCUGUCUUCCUGGCGAAGCCAGAUGGUUCCUAUAUCACCCACAGUCUUCAGGAGCUGCUGCCGUUAUCGUUUGGCCCGGAAGACCUGAAGAAUCUCUGAGUACCAACCGUGGAAGAUUGCUUGAAGCCCUUUCCCUCCUCCUGGGAGUGGAUUGAUCACCAUCAUUACUCAAACCGGAUCAGAAGGACCUGGGUUCUAAUCCCGGCUCCUCCGCUUGUCUGCCGGGGAGAAUGGGGAUGUAAAAAUGUAAAAAUGGGGAUGAAGACUGUGAGCCCCAUGUGGGACAUGUAUUGUGUCCAGCCUGAUUACUUUGUAUCUACUCCAUUGCUUAGAACAGUUCCUGCCACCCAGUAAAUUCUCAACAAAUACUAUUAAAAAGCCCUGUACUAAAUGUGUUUUCUGGCUUAAGAGGCCCUCUGCAUGUUCCAGAGAUGUGUGAGUGUGUGUGUGUGAAUAUAUAUAUAUAUAUAUAUAUGUAUAGAUAUAUAUAGAGAGAAAGAGGUGUAUGUGAAUAUAUGUAGAGAGAGAGAAAGGUAGUAUAUGAUUUAUGUGUGUGUCUUUGUGUAUGUGUGUGUUUUCAAAUCCCUGAAGACUUUUAACGUAUACUGCAAUAUUGGAACUGAGAGAGCAGUCUCACUACGAUCCAAGGCCGAGGCCUCUACAGUGUAAACUCGUUAUGGCAGAGAAUGUGACUGCUAAUUCUACUGUAUUGCCCUUUCCCAAGCGCUUAGUAUAGUUCUCUGUACCUAGUAAAUGCUCAAUAAAUACCAUUGAUUG